AUGGAGGAAAUGGAAACCAAGCUCUGCAGCAGUGACAAAGAGGAAGCUUUCAAAAGAGAACCACCAUACUGCACAGGAGAAAUAGACUUCACAGCUUCUGGGAAGAAACGUGGAAAGUUUAUUAAGGUCCCAAAUACCAUUCAUCCUGGAAUUAUCUUUGAAGUUAUGCUCAACAAAUGGAAACUACCUGCUCCCAAUUUGGUCGUCUCUUUAGCAGGGGAAGAAGAAAAUUUCCAGGUGAAGCCUUGGCUAUGGGACACCUUAAAAAAAGGACUUAUAAAGGCAGCUCAAAGCACAGGUGCCUGGAUUUUUACCAGUGCUUUACGUGUAGGAAUAACAAGACACCUAGUGCAAGCAGUCCGAGAUCAUACACUGGCCAGUACUUCAUCCAAAGCCAGAGUGAUUCCCAUAGGAAUAACUUCACUGAGAAAAAUUCAGCACGGGGAAAUUCUGGACAGCACAAAGAAUGAAAGUCUUGUACGCUAUCAAUCAGAUGAUAAUAUCCAAGGCCCAUUGUAUCCCCUGGACCACAACCAUUCCCAUUUUAUUUUGGUGGAUCACAUGAUACCAGAUGAGCCAGAUGCAACUACUAAGCUACGUCUCACCUUGGAAAAGCAUAUUUCAGAGCAGCGUACUGGGUACGGUGGAACAGGUAGUAUUGAGAUUCCUGUGCUUUGCUUACUGGUAAAUGGAGGACCAGGCACACUUGAGAGAAUGUGCAGCAGCCUGGAAAAUUCUGCUCCCUGGCUUAUCUUAGCUGGGUCUGGAGGUACAGCUGACAUCAUAGCUGCAUUCAUGAAUGACCCACAGCUUGUCAUGCCAAAAGCUGUUGAAAAGCAAUUUAAGGAGAAAUUCCCCUCAAAAAGCUUCCUGUGGAAAGACAUUCUCCAAUGGACAGCAACAAUUCAGAACAUUAUUUCACACCAACAUCUUUUAACUUUGCACAACUUUGAGCAAGAUGGUUCAGAAGAACUAGGCACAGUCAUUUUAAAAUCUUUAGUAAAAGCCUGUAAAAGUCACAGUCAGGAGCCUCAGGAGUACCUGGAUGAAUUGAAGCUGGCAGUGGCCUGGAAUAGAGUGGACAUUGCUAAAAGUGAAAUAUUCAAUGGUGAUGUGGAGUGGAAGUCCUGUGACCUGGAAGAAGUGAUGAUGGAUGCUCUGGUCAAUGACAAACCGGAAUUUGUAAAAUUAUUUAUUGACAAUGGGGCUAACAUAUCCGAAUUCCUGACAUAUAGUCGUCUGCAGAGGCUCUACUGUUCCGUUUCUCAGAAAUGUCUCCUCUAUGAACUUCUCCUGAAGAAACAUGAAGAAAGCAAGCUGACCUUGACAGCCCUCACUGGCCAACAUCAUAAGGAGCAGAGGGAGAUCUGCCCACUCUUCACUCUCAGUGAUGUCUCUAGAGUUCUCAAGGAUUUUCUCCAUGAUGCAUACAAAGGUUUUUAUCAAGACUCCAAAUAUGGAUGCAAGAAGAAAUCAGAUAAAAUGAAUACAAAGCCAUUACCUGGGCACUUGGAUAUGAACCAGAAGACCGAAAAUCCUUGGAGGGAUUUAUUUGUCUGGGCAGUACUUCAAAACCGGCACAAGAUGGCAAACUAUUUCUGGGCUAUGGGUCAGGAAGGUGUAGCUUCAGCUUUGGCAGCCUGCAAGAUCCUUAAAGAGAUGUCCCGUCUGGAGACAGAGACAGAAGUAGAGCGUAUAAUGAAAGAGGCCAAGUAUGAGCAGCUCGCUGUUGAACUGUUUAGUGAAUGCUACCACAACAGUGAGGAGAGAGCAUUUGCUCUGUUGGUGAGAAAAAAUCAGUACUGGAACAGAAUCACCUGCCUUCAGCUGGCUACAGAAGCAGAUGCAAAGUCUUUCUUUGCACAUGAUGGUGUCCAGGCCCUCCUGACAAAAAUAUGGUGGGGAGACAUGUCUACAAACACACAAAUCCUGAAGUUAAUCUGUGGAUUCUAUUGUCCUUUCCUAAUCUUCACAAACUUAAUAGCAUUCAGUGAGGAAAAACAAUCCAAGAACGAGCCAGAGCCCUUUAGAGAGCUGGACACUUUAGAUACAGAGAGGACAUUGCUUUUUUCCAGGGGAGAAGAUAGAGGAUAUGGUAAAUUGGAGAAGCAGAAUCCUCCCAAAAACACAGCAUGGGUAACAUUCAUGUUUACUCGAUGGAGAAAAUUCUGGACUGCCCCUGUAACUGUAUUUAUGGGGAAUGUUAUCAUGUACUUUGCUUUUCUGUUUCUAUUUACUUAUGUCCUUUUACUGGACUUCAAACCACCUCCACCUGAGGGUCCAUCUGCCACAGAAAUUAUACUUUACUUCUGGGUUUUUACCCUGGUAUUGGAAGAAAUCCGACAGAGUUUCUAUACAGAUGAAGACACAAAGUUAAUUAAAAAAUGUAAACUGUAUGUGGAGGAUAACUGGAAUAAAUGUGAUAUGGUGACCAUCUUCCUCUUCAUAAUUGGGGUAACCUGCAGGAUGCUGAACUCUACUUUUCAAGCUGGACGUACAAUACUUGCCAUUGAUUUUAUGGUGUUUACACUUAGACUUAUACAUAUUUUUGCAAUUCACAAACAACUUGGACCAAAAAUCAUAAUUGUGGAAAGGAUGAUGAAAGAUGUUUUCUUCUUUCUGUUUUUCUUGAGUGUGUGGCUCAUUGCCUAUGGUGUGACGACUCAAGCUCUGCUUCAUCCUGAUGACAGACAAGCGGAAUGGAUAUUCAGAAGGGUGCUUUAUCGUCCCUACCUUCAGAUAUUUGGCCAGAUUCCACUGGAUGAAAUAGACACAUCACGUAUGUAUCCCAGGAACUGUACAUUUAAUCCACUAGAGAUUCUGCAAAAGAACUUGCCAUCAUGUCCUAAUAGCUAUGCCAACUGGCUUGUCAUACUUCUGUUGGUCAUCUUCCUGCUCGUCACAAAUGUUCUCCUUAUGAAUCUCCUGAUUGCUAUGUUCAGUUACACUUUUCAAGUUGUUCAGGGCAAUACAGACACCUUCUGGAAAAUUCAGCGCUACAACCUGAUUGUUGAGUAUCAUGGCCGGCCUGCCUUAGCACCACCAUUUAUCAUUAUUAACCACAUAACUCUGGUUCUCAGAAGAAUCUUCAACAAAAUUGAACAUAAAAAGGAACAUCUGGAAAGAGAUCUUCCAGUUGGCCUAGAUCAAAAAAUCAUAACAUGGGAGCUGGUGCAAAAAGAAAAUUAUCUUGUAAACCUUGAACAAGAAAGGAAAGAAAGUAAUGAAGAAAGGCUGAAGGCCACAUCUAAUAAAAUGGAUAAUUUGUCUAAAUAUUUUAGUGGAUUGAAAGAACAAGAAAAGCGGUUUAAAGCUAUAGAAGCCCAGAUUUGCCACUGUACAGCUGUUAUCUCCUCAAUGGUAAAGGCUUUAGCCAAAACCAACCUCUUGUGCAACCAACCAGCUCCAAACUAUACAUGUGUGAUGACUGCUGACACAGAAGUGCAUUUGCCAGAAAGAAGUGAAAGAGAAGAGUGUGCAGAUCAGUCUGAGGCUGACAUCACAUACAUUGAUAAUUAGAUUUUACUCUCAUCUCUUCAGAUUAAGCUUUUGUCCUACUCUGUUUAGCAGUAAAAUCCUAAUCUCACAAAAGCCUAAGGCUCGCAUUUCAAAGCCUUUACAACAAUCCACUUUCAGAGGGCUUCUAGGUCUUCCUCCUUCAGUUUCUUGAGCUUUCUUCCCUCCUGCUUCUAUAUUGCUCAGUCCAAAACUCCAUUACACAGAUCACACAAAAAACUUUCUCCUCCAGCAUGACUCUACCAUCUUAUUUUCUAAGUAUGAUCAACCUUCUAUUCUCCAAACACCUCACCCUCAAUCUAUCGUCAUCAUUGCUCAUUUCCGCAUUUUUCUGUUCAAGGAAACCUCCCUUUGGAAGAGUGACCACUUACACACUAAAAACCAAGCCAUUUCCUUGGCCAAGAAAGCAAGCUUGUAUUUGAGUUGCUUAGAUAGGAAAUCAAGUAAUAGUUUCCACAGGAAAGCGCCUGGGACAUUGAACCAUUACAAUUCAUACAGUUCCUGGAGUUCUUACAACCCUUGAACGAUUGCACUCACCGCCUUCUCUUCCCAUGCUGGCUUCUGCGAGAUACUCCUUUGCUAGUAUUCCUUAUUGAGGGCUCCUGCCUCAUCCCAGAGACAGGAAUCUCAUCACACAGCCCUCAAGCAUGCCGUGGCUUGUAGUCACCAAACACAAAGCACGUAACCCUCCCGCAGGCUGACCCCAGCCUCUGCUGCUUGCUGUUCUGUUGCAAUGCCAGAUCCUAGCUGCUGUCAGCUUGGUGCUGCUGAAAGACCUUCCCUUUAUGUGUCACACCACAUGGAACACUGUAUCUGCAGGUACACCAUUUUCUGAUUUCACUUUUCUUUCUCAAAGAUCAGGGUGGAAAAAAAAUGACUUGGAGUCUUUAAAGCAGCAAUGUGUAGCAAGAAUUUUCCUACAGACUAGGAAUUUGGGCUGCCUCAUUUUUUUUAUUACUUAAACUGGCACAUACAGCUUUAGCAUAAAAAAAGAUAGCUGGCUUUAAUAGAAUUUUGUAUGAAAAGAUACACCAAUAAAAUGAAUGUCAUUACUGUCCUUUAAAGGGAAAUUUCUUCGGAAUAAUAUCAACAUCAGAAGUGGGAAGCAUUGGGUUGUGGUUUUUCUUACCUGAUUAGUUUCAACUGAACUUCAUUUCAUCAUGCAUGUAACACUGCUUCUAUGCAACAUGAAUGUAGCUUGUGCAAAAGCUUUCUCUAUUACCAGAGGUGGGGGAAGAUCUCUGAUCUGAUAAAAAUACCUUUCCAGUACGAGUCCUUUAUUAAUAGAUAAUAAACUUGU